GCCCCUUGCCAUAAAACAGCAAGAGAAAGAAAUCAAGGAGCCACUCCUGUCAUCGACCACAUCACCCCAGCAGGGUCAACAGACAGACCAAGUCCCAGGGAAAAGGCUGCUGGCAUCUGAGGAUAAACCACUUUGAACAGCUUUUACCUUAACACUGACCUGGAAGACUUUGACUCCUGGUCACAAGGUAUUUUGGACACCUUCAAUAUUUGCCUUCUCUUUUCUGAUCAAGCCUGAUUCAUGAAAUGGAACUAAAGCUGAAAAAUCAUCUACUUCUUUGUCUGCAAAUUUGAGACACAUUUGGGAUGGUCUUAAGUGCAUACAACUAGACUCUUAACUGCAGCUAUGAGUUCAGACGAGAAGGGCAUAUCCCCUGCUCAUAAAACCUCCACUCCGACCCAUAGAAGUGCCUCUUCUUCAACAUCCUCCCAUAGGGACAGUCGGCAGAGUAUCCACGUCCUGGAGAGGACUGCUUCCUCCAGCACGGAGCCCUCUGUCAGUCGGCAGUUGCUAGAACCAGAGCCGGUCCCCCUUUCCAAGGAAGCUGACAGCUGGGAAAUUAUAGAAGGGCUGAAAAUAGGCCAAACCAAUGUCCAGAGACCAGACAAGCAUGAAGGCUUUAUGCUGAAGAAAAGAAAGUGGCCUUUAAAAGGCUGGCACAAGCGUUUUUUUGUCCUGGAUAAUGGAAUGUUAAAGUAUUCAAAGGCACCACUCGAUAUUCAAAAGGGGAAGGUCCACGGAAGCAUCGAUGUCGGACUCUCGGUCAUGUCAAUUAAAAAGAAAGCUCGGAGAAUAGACCUUGACACAGAAGAGCACAUCUAUCAUUUGAAGGUGAAAUCCCAGGACUGGUUUGAUGCGUGGGUCUCCAAACUCCGCCAUCAUCGAUUGUACCGGCAGAAUGAAAUUGUCAGGUCACCGAGAGAUGCUAGUUUUCACAUAUUUCCUUCAACCUCCACUGCCGAAUCCUCACCAGCUGCCAACGUUUCUGUUGUGGAUGGAAAGGUGCCACCAAACAGCUUUCCAUGGCAGUCUCCUUUGCCAUGCAGCAACAGCCUCCCCGCGACCUGCACGACAGGCCAGAGCAAAGUGGCAGCCUGGUUACAGGACUCGGAAGAAAUGGACAGGUGUGCGGAAGACCUUGCACACUGCCAGUCAAACCUCGUGGAACUUAGCAAGCUCCUACAAAAUUUGGAAAUACUUCAGAGAACUCAGUCAGCACCUAACUUUACUGACAUGCAGGCUAACUGUGUAGAUAUUUCAAAGAAAGACAAGCGGGUCACAAGACGAUGGAGAACAAAAAGUGUCAGCAAAGAUACAAAAAUACAACUACAGGAAGGGCCAUCUGCGAAGGGCCAGUUCAGCACCACUCGGCGCCGGCAGAGGCUAGCAGCAGCAGUGGCUACAACAGUCCCUUUCAGUGCUACCAUGUCACCAGUCCGCUUGCACUCCUCCAACCCCAACCUUUGUGCAGACAUCGAAUUUCAGACUCCCCCUAGCCACCUCACUGACCCUCUGGAAAGUUCGACAGAUUAUACAAAGCUUCAAGAAGAAUUUUGUCUAAUUGCACAGAAAGUGCAUUCUCUUUUGAAGUCUGCAUUUAAUAGCAUAGCUAUAGAGAAGGAGAAGCUUAAGCAGAUGGUUUCUGAGCAGGAUCACAAUAAAGGCCACAGCACACAGAUGGCACGGCUCCGACAGUCACUGUCUCAGAGUGAAGGAGCAAGCAAAUCCUGGGCACUCAACCAGAAUGCUGAGCUAAGAAGUCGGUUGAACAGAAUACAUUCAGAAUCUAUUAUUUGUGAUCAGGUUGUCAGUGUAAAUAUUAUUCCUAGCCCUGAUGAGGCUGGUGAGCAAAUCCAUGUCAGUCUCCCCCUGUCACAGCAGGUAGCCAACGAGAGCCGCCUUUCCAUGUCAGAGUCUGUCUCCGAGUUCUUUGACGCCCAGGAGGUGCUGCUCUCUGCGAGCUCAUCAGAGAAUGAGGCUUCAGAUGAUGAAUCUUACAUCAGUGAUGUGAGCGAUAAUAUAUCCGAAGACAAUACCAGUGUUGCAGACAACAUUUCUCGGCAAAUCUUAAAUGGGGAGCUUACAGGAGGAGCCUUCCGAAAUGGACGUCGAACAUGCCUGCCAGCUCCCUGUCCCGACACCAGUAACAUUAACCUGUGGAAUAUCCUAAGGAACAACAUUGGUAAAGAUUUGUCUAAAGUCUCGAUGCCUGUGGAGCUAAAUGAGCCACUCAACACCCUGCAGCAUCUCUGUGAGGAAAUCGAAUACAGUGAGCUUCUGGACAAGGCUUCCGAAACGGAUGACCCCUACGAGCGCAUGGUUCUUAUUGCUGCAUUUGCAGUUUCAGGAUAUUGCUCCACCUAUUUCAGAGCAGGAAGUAAGCCAUUCAACCCUGUCCUUGGGGAGACUUACGAAUGCAUUCGAGAGGACAAGGGAUUCCGAUUUUUCUCAGAACAGGUUAGCCAUCAUCCACCCAUUUCUGCCUGUCACUGUGAAUCCAAGAAUUUUGUGUUUUGGCAAGAUAUCAGAUGGAAAAACAAGUUCUGGGGGAAGUCCAUGGAAAUCCUACCUGUUGGAACACUGAAUGUCAUGCUUCCAAAGUAUGGAGAUUGCUAUGUAUGGAAUAAAGUCACCACGUGCAUACACAACAUUCUCAGUGGGAGGAGGUGGAUAGAGCAUUAUGGAGAAGUAACCAUUAGAAAUACCAAAAGCAGUGUUUGCAUUUGCAAACUCACAUUUGUCAAGGUGAAUUAUUGGAAUUCUAAUGUGAAUGAAGUCCAGGGGGUCGUGAUGGAUCAGGAGGGGAAGGUGGUGCACCGGCUUUUUGGGAAGUGGCAUGAAGGGCUCUACUGUGGCGUGGCCCCCUCUGCAAAGUGCAUCUGGAGACCAGGUUCCAUGCCAACCAACUAUGAGCUCUACUAUGGCUUCACGAGAUUUGCUAUCGAGCUCAAUGAGCUAGAUCCUGUCCUGAAAGAUCUCCUUCCACCGACAGACGCCCGGUUCCGGCCAGAUCAGAGGUUUUUGGAAGAAGGAAAUUUAGAAGCUGCAGCAGCAGAGAAGCAAAGAGUGGAGGAACUCCAGAGAUCUCGAAGGCGCUACAUGGAAGAAAACAACCUUGAACACAUACCAAAAUUUUUUAAAAAAGUUAUUGAUGCCAAUCAAAGAGAAGCCUGGGUUUCUAAUGAUACCUACUGGGAGCUGCGGAAGGACCCUGGGUUUAGCAAAGUAGACAGCCCUGUUCUUUGGUAAACGGGGAAUGUAGAGCUAGCCAACAUAUCACGCUCUGAAUGAAUAAAUAACUAUGCACAAUUAUGUUUCCUAGAGCUCCGCGUGGUUUCUGGGUCGACUGAAAACCGACCGUUUGCUUUUCUAUUCAUCUUUAUAAUGGACUUUCAGAAGUGCAUUAGACGAGGCCCCUAACCACUUUCGGAUCCUUUCUGUUUUGCUGCAACCAUAUCCCUUAAAAAACAUCCAUGCCCUCCUUGAGAAGCCGCAUAAAAGGAGCAGAAUACAAAAUCCAAAGUCUGAAGUGUUUGUAAAGAAAACAGACUGUAACUGGUGCUUAAAGCUGAUCCAGAGAGCUUAAAGCAACAUGACAUGUAAACCACGCGUUCGGGCUUUGUGUGGAAGCACCAUACCCGCAUCAUAGAAGCUCCAGGGCCACGGCAGUCGUUCAGCUCAGACUUCGAGUGUGUCUGUUGGAUGUGGUGUACUUGUGCUGACCUUGUCAAAAACGAUGUGAUACUCCUCAGACCCCGUUCCAUCUGUACGCCAUUGUUCAUGCCUUAAGAAAUGCAAAGAUGUACAAUAAAUCAUUUUUUAAAUGUGUGCUCAUAGGUUAAUGUGAGGGACGGCUCUUUGGAAUCAUGGCGUGAUUCACUUUCUGGGAUCAGAACAAGUAAGAGACUAACGUAAGUGGAUUUUCAAAAAGUAAACUACACAUGCUUUUAUUUGAUAUGUUAGUUCCUGUAUCAUCUGUCUGAAGGGCAAGAAGGAAAAGGUGUGCUCACUAGAUCUCUGUUUUCACAUUGCUCGUCAAGUUCCUGUCCUGCGACCAGAUAAUAAACCCUCUUCCACCUAAUCUCACAGUGUGCCCUAUUCUUUGGCAAUAUCUGUAUUUGAUUUGAACACUUGGCAUCAGUGUUAAAACCAUAGAAGGAAGUAACAGAAAGCCUGUGGGAUUUCUGCGUGGGCUUAGGAGUCACUGCAAACAGAGCUAUUUUUGAGCGGAACACAACGUAACCUGCAUCUCGUCCUGGGCCCAAGCCGUGGGCACUCACGGAAACCCAUUGGGAGCAGAAGCGGGCAUACUGGUAGCUUAUUUGCAUUGUUUAAAUGAGUUCUAUGCAAAACCAUAUUUUAUAUUCCCAUCAAGUGAUUCUGUAUGAUACGUAACGACCUAUUAGGCAUUUGCCUUGCUACUGGCAGAGAUAAUAAAAUAAGCUAAGGAAUUUAUCCAUCCCAACAAAAGCCGGGGCGGUGGGGGGGGUGGGGGGAAGGGCAGAAAUAUGCUUUGCAUACUUCAGGAUUUGUUUUUUCUUCCAAUAUACAGAGGCUUUUGUAAGAAACUUGCAUCAGUGUUCCUGAGUUUCUGCACGUAGAUGACUAUAUAAAUGCCUGUAUGUUUAAAAAAAAAAA